UGAUCAGACUUUGGAUUAGCUGCCCUUGAUUGCAUUGGUUCUAUGUCAAUCUGAGACUACUUGUCUCGCCUUUCCCGCUCCACAUUCGAAUAUGUUCCAAUUGCGAAAAAUUUAACCCUAGGAAUUUUUUUUUCCAUGGGAAGAAAAUUGAAUAACACCGUCCCAAGGCUUGUCAACUAGGACACCAUCCAGAAUUCUCUAAGGAUCUUGGGUCAAAUUAUCCAUCAGAGAAGGGCUGUUUCUCUUAUCUGUCUAUCCAUCUGGAGAUAUUUGGAGCCAACUCUACGGACAGGGAAAAAAAAAAAAAGAAGAAGAGCAGCAGACGACAAUGCAUUCGUUAAAAGUAAGCAGCCCAGAUAGUGAUACGGAACAAUACAGGCUGCCUUCCGCUUGCUCAUGUUCCGGGCUCCGAAUAGGGCACGAGGAUCUAAACAAUACCAGCGGGGAUGAAGACUGCUGCGGCAGCGGUUACAGCCGGGACACUAGCUACAGCCGGGACAUCAGCUACAGCCGCGACACCAGUAUUACCAACAUUAGCAAAACAUCGGACUAUUAUCGAGCUGCGUGUUCAGAAGAGAACGAAUUGUUAAAUGCCACUUCCAUUAAGAUGGCUGAGGCUCCGUUCGGCAGAUCAGAGUCGGAUGAUGACAUCGUAGAGGAUUACGACGACUCUGUCUCCUUCAAGACCCCUUGCUGUAAAGGCAGAACGCCCCUGGAAACCUUACUUCUGAUCCUUCUGGUCCUCUCUUUUUCGGUCAUCAUUGCACUGGCCGUGGGGCUUACCAGACCUCAAAUAGUACCAGUGACGCAGUAUUGUCAGUCCCCAGCCUGUGUGAAGGCCGCUGGCUCUUUAUUAUCGAGCGUGGAUUGGUCAGUUGACCCGUGCGAUGACUUUUACCAGUUCGCCUGCGGACAUUGGCUCAAGACUCACCCCAUCCCGCGGGGAUACAGGCACUGGGACCGGUUCCAGGAAUUGAGUGACCACAACUUGUAUGUUUUGAGUAACCUUAUAGACUCCAGCAGUCAAAGCGAUCCAAGUUUUCAAAAAACUCGUCAGUUUUAUCAAAGUUGUAUGGGAGUCAGGCCAGAGAAGAAGAAAGAAAUACUUGACCAAUUCCAGGCUCUAAUCGAUGAUAAUGGAGGAUGGUCCUACAGUCACAACUCUUCUCUGGACGACUGGACAUUCAUGGUUGGUCUCGAGAGCGUCCAUCGGAUGGGUGCAUGGCCUCUCUUUAAACUGACUGUAGAGGUGGAUGAGAGAGAGCCAACCAAACAGAAUAUUAUCAAGAUUGACAUAGGGGAGACUAUGCUGCCGCCAGAUUUACUUCCCUUUGUGAAUUGGAGUCAAGCCAACACUAGUGGUUUCAACACUUCAAUCCCAUUCAAAGAUGCCGCCCAGCUUCAUGCUGGAUUUAUGGCAGAGACCAUUCACUUAUUCAGUGCUUUUGGGGCUCAGGAGUCAGAAGCCAGAGCUACUGCUGAAAAGAUUUUGGAAGUAGAAAAAAUUUUGACCUCCGCCUCUGUUGGACUUCAUUCGAUACACAACAGAUUCAAAAUGUAUAAUGUUAUGACAGUGGCGCAGUUGGUACAAAACUUUUCAAUGAUUGAAUGGUCUGAGUACUUCACUGCACUUGGUUUCAGCAACAUUGAUGGUGAUACGGAUGUUGUUGUUCUCUAUCCAUCUUACAUGGCCAAAUUAAACAGUUUUUUCCAUGAAUACUAUCACAAUAAAGAAAAGAAGAGUAUCUUACGAGACUAUCUUGCUCUCAGUCUGGUCAGGUCAUUCCGACCUUUCUUUGAUAAGUCAGUGUUUGAAAUGCUAGAAACAGAGGAAGAGGAAAUGGAAGAGCCAUGGAAACGGUGUACAUUUUAUACCAACAAAGCCUUGGGGUUUGCUACAGGUGCUCUCUAUGUUAAGGGAACUGACUCUGAGGGCAGUGUUGAAAAGAUGGAGAAACUUAUUACUUAUGUGAAGAAUGCAUUCAAAGAUUUCUUGUUAAAUAAAUACUGGAUUGACAAAAGAACGCGCACUAAUGCAGAGAAAAAGGUUGAUGCUAUCAUUGAUAAAAUCAGUUACCCAUCCUUCAUAUUGAACACCACUUUUCUCAACAAAUAUUAUGAAAAUUUUCAGGUCAUUCAAAAUGAUUGGUUUUCUAAUCUCCUCUCAUGGAGAAGAUUUUUGUUAGGAAACAUGAACUAUGACCUCCAGGCUAAACCAGACAGACAGUCCAGCUGGUUGCGGCCACCAGUCACAGUCAACGCUUACUACUCUCCCACCAGAAAUGACGUCAUUUUUCCCAUCGCCAUGUUUCAUUUACCAUUUUACAUUCCAGAUGGACCAAGUGCUGUGAAUUUUGGUGCGAUGGGUUCCAUUAUUGGACAUGAAAUAACACAUGCUUUUGACUUUCAAGGUCGACAAUAUGAUGGCCAGGGAAAGCUGACUGACUGGUGGGAGAAACAAACGGCUUCCAAUUUUUUGGAAACAACAACAUGUAUGAAGGAACAAUAUGGCAACAUCAAAGUCCGAGGAGUCAAAAUUGAUGGUGAUUUUACCUUAGAUGAAAACAUUGCUGACAAUGGAGGUCUGAGGGCUGCUAUGUAUGCUUAUCAGUUGUGGAUUGACUCAUUCGGAGAGGAGAAACACAUUGCUGGGGUCAACAUGACCAUGUAUCAAGUGUUUUAUACAAGCUUCGCUCAGAUGUAUUGCAGUAAAUGGACAGAUGCUGGUUUGUUUUAUCAUUUGCUGACAGAUCCUCACAGUCCUGGCUCAGCAAGAGUGAAUGGUGCUCUAUCAAACAGCCAGACAUUUAACUGGGCCUUCCAGUGUGAAAUGGCCAAGCCCAUGAAUCCAAGAACAAAGUGUGAAGUGUGGUGAGCAAAGAUUUUGGCUGCUGACUGAAGGACAAAGUUUCAGAAGGAAUUGAAGACUGCAUGAUUCUCAAGCCUAACAAGUUGAAUUGACUGGAUUAGCCACUUUAUAGUUACCUUUUGCAGCUAAACCAAUUUUUUAAAUCUAAUUUUAUUACAAACUUUAAAAAAAAUCCCAUAAGAUAAAUAUUGAUUUUCCCUUUUUUUUUAAAUUUGAAAUUAAGUUUUAAAUUUUCUGUCAAAAUUUCGUUAGAGAUUUAUACUAUUAAUAAUUAUUUAUAAUAUUGUUAAUCUUAGUUGCUUAUACCUAAAUUUAAGAUGUGUUCAAAUAAUGUCGAUGAAAGCAGAAAAUUAUAACAAUUAUAAAGUUACCAUUAAAGCAGUGGGUCUGAAAGGUUCUUUGCACAGAAGGGAGGCUGAUGUUUGUUGAGACUUGAUGGGAGCUGGUUCCAUACCUGUCAUCAAAGUGUUGCUGCUUGAAACACCAAAUCUUGCCUCGACAAGAAGCUAGUGAAGUAUGUGCUUGAGAGUUGUCUCGGAAUCACUCUCUAGCCAUCCUUUGUUAAACCCGAUACAAUUUUGAAUCCACUGCCUUUUGUCACUUGAAACUUUAGGCCAGCAAAAGCAAACAAGAGCUCCCUCUCACUGGCCUGAUAAAACAAAUAACUAAUUUUUUUCUGUCUGGUAGAGGGUGCCAUUUUCUGUGAUUCUGUCGCUCCAAACAUAAGGGCUAGAGACGAGGCUGAAGACUGAGCAAACUGGGAACCACUGUCUUUUUCCUUUUCUAUACCAGGCUAACCUUGCAGGACUCGACAUUUUGAAACAGACCCGUGAAUAACGACACCUUGAUUGUUGACAUGGUCAACCCUCCACAGUGCGAUGGGAAUACUCUCGCGCUCCUUAGGCACUCCCAUGGGAGUCUUGUUUCGCUAACUGUUUGGCCUAAUCAUUUUCUCUUGCAUCUGUUUCCACCCUGGGGCCUCUAAGAUGCAGGGGUAGCACACCUGGAUUAGUCAUAACCAAAACAGAUUUUAAAAUCUACAGCAAAUUAAGUUGCUUCUGCAUAUGAAUAUGGUCAAAUAGAGGUACCUGCAGAGGUGACCGAUACAGGUGUCAUAUCAUUAUAGUUAUUUCUCUAUUUAGAACUGAAAAAGUAAGAGCUUAUCAGAUUUUGUAAAAGUUAUUUACACAUUUAUAUUAUUUUUUUCAAACUUACCAAAUGUGAACCUUUUGUUCUUCCUUUUCUUAUAUUGAACUGUGCACAUGCUGCUAUGGCAACACGACAACUAUCAUGUGAUAUCUCAUGUGAUAUAAUAUUGGCUGUGUUUUUUUGUCUGACAAUUUAUCCAGAAGAAUAUGGUGAAUUUUAUUUUGAGGAAAAUAUUUAUUAUGCUAAAGUUGUUUUACUUUAGGUAUUAGAGUGAAAUAAAAAGAUUUAUAAAAUGCACAUUUGCCAAAACAAACUUUUUAUAAAGUUUAAAUUUUAUUUUUUGUGUGAAAUAAACUCAACUUGUCUACUUAGUUCUAAUUAAUAUGAAUUUAUAAAUAAAUAAUUGGCAUGAAUAAGGAGGUUUCAUGUUUAUUUACUGAUAAAUUUAAAGAUGUCAUAUAAUUUUUGUCAAGAAAACCAUGUAUUUUUGUCCAUAUAACUCGAGCAGCUUCAAUAACCAGUUUCAAUAAUGUUGUAAAGGAGAGUACAUUGCCCUUGGAACUGCCUUUUUCAUCGAUUCAUGUUUAAUUCAUUUAUUUUUUGUUUGUUUGUUUCGUUCAUCUCCACCAAUCAGCGACAGUUUUCGUGAGCCUUUAAAAUGGUUAGAAAACGAGCUGUUAUGUCUUACUUCAAGUGCCUCAAGAGUUAUUCCUCUUUUAAUUCUAAUAUUGCACUCCUGUGUAAAUGUUCAUCAUACAAAAUGUGUUGUAUUUUCUUUUAUUUCAUUUUUAAAUAUAUUCAUUUAGCCCCUCACCUUUUUUUUUUUUUUUUAAAAAUCAAAA